CUUGAAUAUAUGAGAUAUGACUACAAAUGUGAUGCAUGUUCCAAAUUUUUGCUGCCCAAAUAUUGGGUAUAUCAUUGUCAAAUUUGUAGAUAUAUUGUCCACAUCAACAAGCCACCUCCCAUCAUUGACAUAAAUUAUGGGAAAGACAUUAUCCAUCUUACAACAAAUGAGGUGGGUAAGGAACUAAUUACACCUUUUGUGAUGAGCCAAAGAGGAGAAACAUUGAUACCACCCAUCAUCAUACCUGAUGAUGAUGGUGAUGAGUUGGUGAAUAUGAAAUAUAAGUUCCUUCUUCACCAACAUCAACUCACUUUAGUCUCAUCGGAUCAAAACCAAGAAGAAGAGGAAGAGGAGAAUUAUGGAGUGAGAUCAGAAUUGAUAUGUGAUGGAUGCAUCACUCAUAUAUCAUCAACUACUACUAGUAGUAGUAGUAAAUAUUACUACAUGAGUUGCAGUGAGUGCAAAUGCAAUCUUCACACAGCCUGCUUUCACUUGCCGCCUCGCCUCGCCUCCAGUCUCUUCCACUCCGCCACAUAGACCAUUAUCACCAACUAGUCCUCCAAUCUUUUGACAAACACAGGCAUUGGGAGAGCCAGCAUUGCCGAGUUUGUUACUAUCAUAUGAACGGGUUGUUUUACGCUUUUGGAGGGUGCAGCUUCAAAGUAGACAUCAAGUGCGCUUGCAUGCCAGACACCAUCCAUCACGCUGCUCACCCGCAGCAUCUCCUCAAGCACGCGGCCUUGCCGGAUGUAUCCUGCCAUGUAAACCGAAAGAGCAUGUCAUGUGCUGCCCGUUGUGGCAGCAGCGUAUACUAUGACUGUUACGCGUGCAUCAGCAGCUCAUGUGAUUUCAUUGUGCACGUUGGAUGCACCUUGUUGCCGGCAUCAGUAAGCAGCCGGAGAUGGGACAAGCACCACCCGCUGCUGCUGGCUGACGCACGACGCCACUCUCAAUCGUCCUGGCGAUUUCUACACCGUCUCAAGAGUUGGAUGUAUCACUGCCGCGCCUGCAAUAUAUCCUUCCAUCUGUAUUGCUUACAGACUACAUCCGGCCAGUAUAGAAACAUGAAGUUGGGGCAGGAAUAUGUGAAUCCAGCAACCCAUCCACACCGUCUCACCUUUCAACUUCUUACCACAAAGCGCCGAUGCGACCUUUGUCGUGGGAUCAGCCAUGGAUGCCAAGGAUUUUACUGUGCACCAUGUGACUUCUUCAUUUGUCUUCUCACCUGUGGUAAACAAAAAUGGUCCAAGAUGGGGAUAUGAAGGUCGUCGAUUGCAAAUUAAGGUGGGGCCACCAGCUCGCCGAUUUUCUCCCGCUCGCGCGACACUCAGCGAGAAGAGAGAG